CUCCUUUUCCCAAGUCUCAAACAGCCAAAGGCAGGGGGCAAUUGUGUAAAAUAGCCUCCAUUCUGGAAGAUAGAACAGCUGCAGAAUACGGAUUCAGGAAUGGACAAGGAUUUGCGGUUUCCCAAGUCAGAUCUUUCCCCUUUCUUUUUCCCCAUUAAAAGGUAAUCCUCAAUUCUUAAACAUACCUAAUUACUCUCCAUUUAAUUAAAACCUAGCUCGAAAAAGUCCCGACUUGUCAACCCAAACUUGGUCUGCAAUAUUCCCAGCAGUGAGAAAUGCAAGAUCCCAGGAUGCCACCAUCAGAGGAAGAAAUGAAUCCUAAGCUGUGGAGAAAGAAAAGCUCAAGUAACAAAGCACCCUCCUUUCCGUUAGAGAGGACUGAUAUUAAAGGGGCUCAGCAGGUACUGGGAUCUCUACCACUAAGAACAGGGCAAAAGACGUCCAAAAGGAACUUGAAGAAAGAAAUCUCUCCAAUAUUUCAGCAACCUGAGAGAUCAAAUUCAGAUUCAUUACCAGACUCUUCUACAUCUGGAAAUGAGUACCGGGCACUGAGGCGGAAGUAUUUGCUACUGGAGGAAGAAAGCUUUGCACUGGGUAAAGAGCUGAAAGACGUUGUAGAUGAGGUAAAGGCGCUUGAAGAUGAGAAGUUUGCCCUGCUGGAUCAACUUGUUGUAUUAGAAGGUCUGGUAGAUCCUUCAGAAAUGCAAUCCCAGGGAGUGUAGAUCUAUUACGUUACUUUUUUUCCUUCAUUGCUGAUCCCCAGUAAUUUGCAUGCUUGUAUAUUGGUAUGGAAUUUAAAUGCUUAAGUAAUCAACUGAAGAUGAAGUUGAUGAAUCCCUGUUCAGUAUUCUUGUAGGCGUUCUUAGAAAGGCUUGUAAGUGAAAAUGAUGCCAAACUACUUGCAAAUAGUAUGAUGUGUCUCGCCCGUAGUAGACGAGCUCCCAAAGAGAAUUAUUGGUUAUAUUGUGCUGCUGGAACUUGUAGGCCUUACAUUACAUUAAUUAAAGUUUGUGUGACUCAUCGCUGAUAUUCACCAGCAUGAGACAUUUAUGAAAGCUGCU